AUGAAGCUCUUGCUGCCGCUUUUGGCGGUGGUGGUGGCCACCACCACUGCAGAAGACGCCACUUCGGUCCUUGACGGGACUCCACAAGGCGUGCUGCGCUUUUUGUUCGGUGGCAGCGCCGAGGUCAAAAACUUUUUCCUCAACACCUUUGAAACUCGCGUGCACCAUUGGACCAAUCACCAGGCAAAUGCCGCCGAUUUCAUCGCGCAACUCAACACCAUUGAACCUCUGGUCGAGUCCCUCACCUCAAUGGACGACUUUAUCGAGCGUUUUGAUCUGUGGGGUGAGGACAUCAUGGUGCGCACCAACGGCGGUGAGAUCAGCGACAUUCUCACCACGGCCGAAACCGUUGACGAGCCCUUUCUUCGUGGUCUUCUCGACGAUGGCAACUCCUUUGUGAUCAAAACGGAGCUUCACCAAAGUCACGGCUCUGAUCUCGAGCGCCACCUUGCCACCCUCUUCGCUACAACUGUAGCUGUACAUGGUUACGUGACCCCGCCCGGGGCCCAGGCCCUCAAGCCACACACGGAUCCCUACGAUGUCCUGGUCAUUCAGACGUACGGCGAGAAGCAGUGGACCAUCUGCACGCCGCAGCCUGCUGGUGCACAGAACCGCACCGAUGCCGAAAAGGCCCAGCUUCAGGAGAUUGUCCGACAUAGCAUUCAAGGCUGCACCCAGUACGAGGCCUGGCAAUUGGCCAAGAUGGAGUGCCAGGCCAUCACCUUGAAGGCAGGCGACGUGCUCUAUCUUCCCAAGGGCAUCAUUCACUAUGCGACCACCACCGAGAGCAUGGGCUCAACCCACAUCACGCUUUCACUUGAGCGCCUAACCCACAGCUGGCUUGCGCUGUUUGGCCGUGCCUGCGGCCUUGGCCUCGAUCGCGCCACCUGCCAGCAAUAUGAAGACGUUCUGCUCACCGCCUCCCUCACCCCCAACGGGUUGGCCUGGCUCAACUUGGCUGCCAUGCCUGCUGUGGAGAGCGAUCCCACCACCGCCGUUUGUGAGCGCCUCAACUACCUCAUGCUUGGUGAUGAGCCCACCUCCUUGGUCAACCUCCUUGCCGACGACCACACCCGCAAGCUCAACAUGUACGCUCGCUCCAACAAAGACCUACGAGCGCUUCUGACCACGAUCCUUGACUGCUCCGCCCCGGAUCAGGUCAUUUUUGCCAUGAGACAGACUCAUCGUGACUCUAUCAAGCGCCGUGAAACGGAUCACCGCCCUCCCUGCUACUACUCAAGCAGCUGCAACGACUACAGUAGCUGCGACUGCAAUGACAACUGCGAUGACAACUGCAACAUCUGGGGCGAUAACUGUGAUGCCGAGUGCGACGGUUCAUGCGACUGCGACAAUGGAGUGCGUUGCAAAAACGGCUAUUACGUUUCGGAUUACUGGCGUGGCGAAUGUACCGACUGCCCCAGCGGCAAGUAUGGUGACGAUGGCUACUACUGUGGUGAUUGCUGGCCCGGCAAGUACAGCAGCGGAUCUCGAUCGACAUACUGCACCAGCUGUCCUGCCGGCAAGUACACCGAUCAGUACACUCAAUCUUCGUGCAAGAACGCUGGUCAGGGCUACUACGUCAGCUCUUCUUCCAGCAACUCUCGCUGGUCCUGCGCCCCCGGCAAGUACAGCGACGAGGAGACGGCCACUUCAUGCAAAGACUGCUCAAGUGCCAACUUUCCCGGCACCUAUCAGGAUCAGUAUGGACAAGGGAGCUGCAAGACUUGCCCAGAGGGCAAGUACGCAGUGGGUGAUCGUGCCACCUCGUGUGUUGAUGGAGUUGGUGUCUUGGUGCAGCCCAUCAUGUCUGCUCGUUCCAUGGAGCUUGUGAUCGAGAACAGCGGUCCUCCCCGCGAGGGCUUUCGGGUGACCCUUGGCAUCUGGCGCAAUGACGAGUACGCCUGGGACACGGCGGCUGGUUACCCCAAGGAGUAUGAUGCCGAUCAAACAGGCGGCAGCUACGAUGCUCAGACACGCAUUACGCUCAACUACCUGAUUCCGGGUACCUACUACUACAUCAAGGUUGAAGGGCGCCAAAAUGGCGGCUAUCCCGACUCCUUCGAGUAUCCGCAGGCACAAACCGCCUGUGCUUGUGGUGCCAGCGAAGUGACAGGUGCGCCGGCAGACGUUACCACGCGUCAGCAUCGCGGCCGCGUUUUCUUUGCAUUUUCGGACAUGAGCUACUGUGAAGAUGGUUUCUUGCUCUACCGUGAUGGCUCUUCGUUUACCAGCGGUUAUGACGUCAAGGCUAGCCAGGCUUGCGAGCGCCGCUAUGCCCCGGAAACCAUCUAUGACGAUGUGGCCACUUCCUCGGAGCUGCAAGUGGGCCACACAUACCAAUACUGCAUCAGCGCUUACAGCAAGACCUCAUUUGUCUGGGCUGAAGACUCUGGUCUGACUGGUUCAUAUGAAUCGGCGCAAACGUGCAUCUCGCAUCAGGUUCUUUGGGAGGCCGAGCUCACGGGUCGCGUGCAGCUUACCGAUGCCGCCGGCAACCUGGCGGUUGCCGACACCAACAUCGAAUGGUUCUAUGAGCGCAACGGGGUCUUCGUCCUGGGUGGCAACCUUACGACCGAUGCGGAUGGUCGCUUUGCCGUAUACGUCAAGACUGAUCUGCUGGGUACUGAACAGGAGAUGUUAGUGCUACGCCCCUCCAAAACGAGCGGCACCGUGCAGCACAGAUACACGUGCAAUGGCCUCCCAUGCACGGAGCAGCGCAUUCUUGUCAAGGCUCUUACAUUUGAUCAAGAGACGACGUUUGUGGAUGCCACCACGGUCCCUUUUGAGGGCAGCGUAUUUGUCAAGGGUACAGAGCACGCCAAUUAUGCGCUUGGCUGCCCUCUCCGCAACGCUCGCGUGUGCCUCUACAAUCACCACGCCCACACAGCCCUUGGAUGCGCACGCACCUCCAUCACGGGCUACUAUGUUGUCCCCGUAGCGGCGGGGCUAACCGUGUACCCUGUCGUAGAGUACAACAACCAUACGUUUGAACGCGUGAAUACGGGUCGUGCGCCCACGGGACGCUAUGACAGCGUUUCGCUGGCUGGUGAGGCUCUGACGUACGACUACUACGCAAUUAAAAGCGAUGAGGUAUCGCAGCCCACCAUCUUUAUCGACACGUCCGCCGCGACCAUGACCAUGCAGAUGGCCGGUGGCCGCUGCAACCGUACACUGGGUACUACCACGGUGCAGAUCACCUACGCGACAUGCUUGGCCACUUGGAGCAAGGACAUCACCUUCAGCACAUAUGAGCACGUUGUGGAUUUGCCUCAGCAAGAGUUUUUUGUCGAGUUGAUGGGUGUUCAGCACGAUAGCGAAAUCCUCGGUGAGACAGUGCCGGCUUUCUUUGAGGAGCACGGUGGCAAAAAACUCACUAUCGACCUCAAGGCUGAAGAGCCAGACACGGCUCGUUGGGAGUACCAUCCUGAACCCCAGAUCACUGUGCACCUGUCGGGAGAUCGGAGCGGCGAGUGCAGCUUUGCAGUCCUGGAGCGUGAAGCGCCCACUACCAUCUCUGUCACUGCCAUCGAGCCCUUCUGGAGUACGAUCGAAUCUUGCUCAUGGGUUGAAGGCAAUAUCACACUGGUCAAUCAGAUUGGUGAAACCCCAGAGACAGUCACUGCUUUGUUGCGUCAGAAGAUUAUCAAUGCUGAAAAGGCUGCGCGCCUCGGCCGUUGCGCUGGCACGGGAUGUUACGUGCCUCUGGAGCUCGCUUCCGACGAUGCAGGCCGUACCUUUCACUCGGCCCAUGUCGCCUUUGAGGCCAUGGGCGGUGAACCCGAGCUGGUGAUGGAAGUGGAGGGCGUCGCCAAUGCCAAGCUCCUAACCGCUCAGCUGGACACGGCGUUUCACUCGGUCAGCAAGCUUGUGCCCGUCGUUGUCACCGGCGACAAGCUCAUUUCUGAGCUCUUUACCAUGGUUGCUGCAACGAGUAUGUCGGCCGAUGUCAAGGCCAGCCUGAACGGUGAUGAUAGCGUCACUUUUGCCACUACCAUUUCUGUACAAACAUCUGAUGACCUUGGCUCGCCCUCGGGACACAUGUUCAUCACGCCUGCCUUGACUGUUCGCUACAUUGAGACUCGAGAGGUGCUAUUCAACGCCUCGGCCUGCAGCACCGAGGUCAUUGAAAAGGUGACUUGGUCUUUGGGCGACAGUGGUUCCAAUACCAACUCGUUUACCAUCAAGAUGUACGCCGACAUCCGAGAUGCCGAGAUCCCCACCUUGGAAAAUAACUUGGUGCACGCUGAAGCCGAUCUGGCCUCUGCCAUGACGUCAGGCACUCAAGCCGAAAAGGACGAGGCCCAAGAAAAGGUUGACAAGCUGAAAGAGGCCAUCUUGGGCUGGAAAGGAAUCCUGAACUACACGGACGAGGUUCUCUACAACGCUUCCACCGGUGCUCUUGAGCCGCUGACGGGUUUGAUGCCGGGUGAACUCUUCGAUGCGGCUCGGGAUCUGGACCGAAAGCCCGACGGCAAAGCUGCUGAUGAACUCGAAAAGUACAGCGCCAUUUCUUUCAUGGGCGGCGGCCAACUUUAUUCAUAUGAGGAGUCUGUCGGUGUUGCCAACAGCACCAACGCGGGAACCAUGGUGCACGAUGAAGGCACAGUUGGAGGUUUCGUGGAGAAUAAACUGGCAAUUGCCGGCACCGGCCCUGCCUUUGAAAUUGGGAUCGGCUACCAAAUGUCAGCUGACCGAGCCGAUGUGACGACCAAGGAAAAGAGCUCGGAGAGUGUACGCGGUUUUGUCCUUGGCGAUGGCGAUGCUGGAGACAAGUUUGUAGUCAAGCCACGCCUUAUUAUUCAGAGCCAGCCAACCGGCCCUGUGGCUCCUGGCCAUAGCGCUCUGUUGCACAUUCGCCUCAUCAACGAUGCCAAUGAGGCAAACCAGUUCCAACUCUAUGUGCGUGAUAUUGAAGGCUUGGACGUUCGGAUGAAUGAUGAGACGUUGCUGGGUGGCCGUUUCUUUGAGCAGAUGGCCCCAUAUUCAGAGUAUGAGGAGGUUGUGCACGUCACUCCGAUCGAAGGACACACCUCGGUGACGUUCAAGAUGGGAUUCCGUUCCCAAUGCGAGCAUGACACGUUCUUGGUCACUGGCAGCUGGUCGCCUGCCUCUUUCCAAGCCUCUGAACAUGAGAUCACCAUUGAUUUUAUGCAGCCCUGCUCGACAAUUGAGUGGGCUGGCGACGUUGCCAAGUCGGGCCGGGUUGUCAUCAACACCAACCAUGCCGAUGCGUACUAUCCUUUCCUUGCUCGUAACCCCGGGGCCCCAGACAGUUUCUGGGCUGAUGACGCGCGUCUUGAGGGCGUGAAUCUUGAGUUUCGCCCCUAUGGCAGCACGAGUUGGACCACUGCUGUGUCUGGCCCAGUGACCGAGUCGCGAUUUGGCUACGCUAGUCUCGACUGGCAGGUGGAGAAUCUGGCUGAUGGCCGCUACGAGGUGCGCCUGUCUACCCAGUGCGAGUCCUCUGGGAGCGCCGCGGAGGGUGCUGACAGCCAUGACGCCGGAACCAUUGAGGCAGUUUUGGACCGCGCCGCGCCCCGUGUCUUUGGCCUGUUUCCGCGUGCUGGCAGCGAGGCCGUGCCUGGCGACAACGUCGAGGCGGUCUUCAACGAGCCCCUCAAUUGCGAGAAGCCCUCAACGGUUCGCGUGACGGUCAAGAUUGGCGCUGAAGUCACCGUGACCGAGCAGGUUCUGGACGUGCUGUGCCAGGGCAACACCAUUCAUCUUUCCAUCAGCAACGCCUUCUCUUCGGCCGCACUCAGUGGCAAGAGCGUGCAAGUGACGCUCAGCGACAUUUACGAUGCUGCCGGCAACAAGAUGAGCCAGCCCGUGUCUUGGUCCUUCACCUAUGCGGAGCUUGCUGACGCUGUGCCCGUCCCCGUCUCCCUGGACGGCUUGCGCUUCAACGUGCCCUGGAAUGCUUCCUUUGGCAAUAUUGAGUCGACCGCGUUUGUUGACUUUUCCGCUACGCUGGCCAGCGAGCUGGCCACCGUCUUGUCGGUGUCGGAAACGCGCGUGGAGCUCACGAGUCUGCGCGAGGUUUCGGGCGGCGCACAGACCGUGGGCACGCUCAAGUUUUUUAUCCCGGCCGAUCCCGCAGGCCCGGCUGCCAAUGACGGGCUGAGUGCUGAGCAGCUGGCCAGUUUGUUCCUUACCACCCUGUACAUUGAUGACACGCCGCCCUCGCUCGUCAACGGUGGCAUCCUGGAGGCCCUGGAUUUGGACUAUCAGCCUUCCCAGAGUUUGGCCGUGGCCCGUCGUGCGGCAGCCGGAGCAAACAUGGAGGCAGACCUCCCGGUUGCAUCCUCUACAGCGGAUAGCAACGACAGCGAAGGCAAUUCGGCUGAUCUCUAUCAGAUUUUGACGCUGGGCGUGUGCAUUUCCCAGUUUGCGGUCCUUGCCGUGAUGCUUGUCCGCCGUAGCCGACGUCGUGCCACCGAGGAUGUCGCCACCGCCGCCCUCCCUGCGACUUUGCAGUAG